GAACUCGUGUGCUGCGAAAGGCUGAAGACAAGUCCGACAAAGAUCGGAUUCUAAUUCUUGGUGGAGGUAUCAUUGGGGUCUCCGUGGCAUACCAUUUAGCUCUGCGGGGACGGCGCGUGACUGUUGUAGAUCAUGCUGGCAUUGCCAGCUGCGCGAGUGGAAAGGCUGGGGGAUUCUUGGCGAGGGAUUGGAAUGAUGGGACGCCCUUGCGUGAUCUGACGAGAAAGAGCUUUGACAUGCAUGCCGAGGUGGCCAAGGAACUGGGACUGAAAUCCUACCGUCGUCUCCGUUGCAAGGCCGUGACUGUGGGAGGGGACUUCUCCAAGCCAGCCUCGCGCAAGUUGGCAUCCCUGGAGUGGGUUGAUGCUGGCGCCCAGGGGGAACGCUUCAUGGGGGACGAAUCGACGAUCGCGCAGGUGCAUCCCAAGGACCUGACAGAAGCCAUGUGGAAAGCCGCGCAGGAGAAAGUUGGAUCAGACUUCAUGCUGGGCACCAUAAACGAAGUCUUGACGGAAGAUGCAGGUGACGAGAAGCGUGUCACUGGAGCAUUGGUGAAUGGAGAAGAAUUAUUGGCAAACACAGUUGUUUGCUGCAUGGGUCCCUGGGCCCAGGUUCUCCGUUUGAUGCAUCCUCAAUUUCAGGUUUAUGGUGUGAAAUAUCACAGCGUUCUGCUGCAGAGUGCGCGAGUCCUCUCAGAGGCGGUGUUCUUCAACGGUAUGGGCAAUCCCGAGGUGUAUCCACGUGGAAACGGGGAGAAUUACAUCACCGGCUUUCCCGACCCGCCAACUGUCGUGUCCGAAACGCCUGGUAAUGUCCAAGUCAGGGAUGAUGUCUGUGAGAGGCUCAUAAAGACGGUGUGUAAGGUUUCGGCGGACAUGCAAUCUGCCAACCUUACUGGGAAGCAGUCAUGUUACCUACCAUUUACGGCUGACAGCCUUCCAGCCAUGGGGCGCUUGCCUUCAGUUGAGGGUGGAUACGUCUGUGUCGGACAUGGAUGCUGGGGGAUUCUCAACAGCCUUGCAAGUGGACUGGGAAUGUCUGAGCUUAUCGUAGAUGGAAAGGCUACAUCAGUAGAUAUUGCACCCUUCGGGCCUGACGCAUUCGCUAAGUCCAAGAUCAUCCGCCGGGGCGAUGGUUCUUGUAAGGAGCAGCAGCAAGAUCUCUUCAGUUUGGUCGCUCAAGAUCCGAAGCACAAGGAGUUUGAGUUCAGUGCCGGGCAUCACAUGCACAAAGUAGAAGCUGAAUCUUGCAGCCAGGAGCUCAUGACGAACAUCACCCAUCGGUACGACUGGCUCUUUGACAAGGCGGCUUUAAUGCCUGACUUGUGGUUUGCGCAAAUCUAUGCUGAGAACUCUGAGCUCACUGACUGCAGUAUCACCUUCGCCGAUGCCUCGCUGGACGACUUCCGAGAUGCGCUCGCAAAGUACCAGAAGCAGAAAGAGGAUAUCCGCAGCAUGGGGCGGACAAAGGAUAUUGGAAUCUUCCGCCUCGAUUGCCAAGAGAUGCAGCGGAUGCUGCUGCCUUCGCCCACAGGCUGCUUCGAUCUCCUUGCUCAGUACAUUCCUGAGCUGGCCAUGACAAGGAGGGCUGAGCUUAGUUCCGAGAUCCAGGCUGCCAACGACAGGCUCAAGGAGUAUCCCAACAAUGUGGACGAGUACGUUGAGUUCAACGUCCACCUGGCCAAGAUUGAUGCAUCCCUCCCAUCACUGGAAAAGAGAUUCUUGGAGGUUCAGGAGAUGGCGGAGAUUAUCCGAGAGUUUGGCAUUCGAAUUGACAGUGAAACGCGCAAGGCCUUCAACGACCUUGCCUCUGCAAAAAACCAGCUCAUGGCGCAGGUGAGUAGUGGCAAGGAGCGGGCCGAGGUUGACGUGGCGCACUUCAGCAAGGCCUUGGAAGUGGAGAUCCCAGAGCUUCGUAAAAGCGUGUCCGAGCAGCAGUCCAGAUUGGAUGCACCAGAUCUGUCGGACACCACCAAGAUGUCCGCCGAAAAUCGCAAGGAAGUCCUCGCUUUCCUGGACGAGCUGCAAGAACAUGUGAACCAAUCCGCGGAAGAAGCGGCAAAGUUCAACCGCUACCAAGAUGUGCUCAAACUUGAGCCAACGGCCUUUGAAGAUGUGGAGGAAUUGAAGGCUUCCUUCCAGAUUCGAAACAAGCUUUGGCGAGGCAUUGACGCCUGGGAGGAGCUAAGCUCUGAAUGGAACAACUGCUCUUUUGGUACGGUUGAUGUGGACUCCAUCACCAAGAAGGUUGCGGAGUACAACAAGGUCGCAGUCCAGUCCAUCAAGGCAAUGCCUGACAAUCAGGUGCCACAGAUCUGGGGAGAGUCGGUGACGCAGUUCAAAAACACUCUUCCCAUUGUUGUGGCGCUGAGAAACAAGGCGUUGAAGCCACGGCAUUGGGAGAUGAUCACCUCCAUGAUUGGCCAGGAGCUCGAGCUGGAGGAUGAGGAGUUCACGCUUGGCGGUUUGCUAGCAAUGGGCGUCGAUCAGCACAUGGAAGCAAUUCUUGAUGUGUCUGGCAAGGCGACCGCCGAACAAGGACUGGAGGAGAUGCUGGACAAGGUGAAGAAGACAUGGGACGACUUGGAGCUGGUCAUCAAUCCCUACAAGGAUAGCAAGGAUGUCUUUGUACUGGGUUCCGUGGAAGAGAUCACCGUGGCUCUGGAAGACUCUCUGGUCACCAUCUCCACCAUCGCCGGCAGCCGCUACGUUGGCCCCAUCCGUGGAGAGGUGGAGCAGUGGCAGAAAGACCUCCUCCUGUUCCAGGAGACGUUGGACGAGUGGCUGAACGUACAGAGGAAUUGGAUGUACCUUGAGUCCAUCUUCAAUGCUGGAGACAUCAAGAAACAGCUGCCUGCAGAGUCGGCCAAGUUUCAAGAAAUUGAUGGGCAGUGGCGGGCAAUCAUGAAGGAGACCUACGAAUAUGCUGUGGCCCUCAAGGCCGCUACCAAGCCUGGACGUCUGGACCUCUUCAAGAAAGCGAGCGAGACCUUGGACCAGAUUCAGAAGCAGCUGGAGGACUACCUGCUUUCCAAGUGCGUGGCCUUUCCGCGCUUCUUCUUCUUGUCCAACGAUGAGCUGCUCGAGAUCCUUUCUCAGGCGAAGCGUCCGCAGGCUGUGCAGCCGCAUUUGAGGAAGUGCUUCGACAACCUAGUCAAGCUGAGGUUUGGGGAUGGCUCCAACUCCACGGACAUCCACGCCAUGAUUUCAGGAGAAGGUGAAGAGAUUCCCUUCUUCAAGAUGCUCAAGGCCAGAAACGGCGUGGAAAAGUGGUUGAGCGCAGAGGGCGGCGUCGAGGAAUAUAUGGUAAAGACCUGCAGAGCGGAAGUCAAGAAAGGUUGGGAGACCUAUGCGCUGGAGUCUGACCGCAAGGAAUGGGUUCGGAAGCAGUACUGCCAGGUCAUGAUCACUGUGGGUUCCAUCUACUGGACCCUGGAAACAGAAGAGAUCCUGAAUUCUACAGAAGGCAACAAGGUCAUCAUGAUGGGCAAGUGGUUUCAGAAGAACAAGUCGCAGCUGGGUGGUCUUACUGAACUGAUUCGUGACAAGCUCGACAAGCUGCAGCGUAAGGGUGUCGUUGCCCUUGUCACACAGGAUGUGCACAAUCGUGACAUCAUCCAGGAUCUUUUCGAUAGCAAGAUUACCAGCUUCCAGAACUUCAAGUGGCAACAACAGCUCCGGUACUAUUGGGACCCAGAGCUGGAUGGUGGCCAUGGUGAUUGCUGCAUUCGCCAGGUGGAUGCCUUCAUCAUGUAUGGCCAUGAGUACAUGGGCGCACUCUCACGCUUGGUCAUCACGCCUCUGACGGACAGAUGUUGGAUGACCAUCACCGGCGCCCUGCACAUCAAGCUGGGUGCCGCUCCGGCUGGCCCUGCCGGUACAGGGAAGACAGAGUCCACCAAGGAUCUGGCAAAAGGUCUGGCUCGACAAUGCGUUGUCUUCAACUGUUCGGACCAGAUCAACUACCAGAUGAUGGGCAAGCUGUACAGUGGUGUGGUUAGUGCUGGCGCCUGGACCUGCCUGGACGAGUUCAAUCGUAUCUCCAUCGAAGUGCUGUCGGUGGUGGCCCAGCAGGUGCUGGAGAUUCGCCAGGCUCUGCUGCAGGAUCUGACGGACUUUGUCUUCGAGUCGCGGCAACUCAAGGUGAAGAACACCUGCGGCAUCUUCAUUACGAUGAAUCCGGGUUAUGCUGGACGAACUGAGCUGCCAGAUAACCUGAAGGUGCUGUUCCGCCCGGUUGCCAUGAUGGUGCCGGACUACACCUUGAUUGCUGAGAUCAUGCUUUAUGCCGAAGGCUUCGGUGCUGCCAAAGUGCUCAGCGGCAAGUUUACCAACCUCUACAAGCUUUCUUCUGAGCAGCUGUCCAAGCAGGACCACUACGACUUCGGCAUGCGAGCUGUGAAGUCGGUCCUUGUGAUGGCUGGCAGCUUGAAGCGAGCGGAUCCAGAAGAGGAUGAGAACAUCCUGCUGAUCCGUGCAAUGCGUGACUCCAACGUGCCGAAGUUCCUGUCGGAUGACCUGCCACUCUUCUUUGCCAUCGUCAAUGACUUGUUCCCGGGCAUUGAAGUUCCGUACUACGACUACGGUGCCCUGCAGGUGGAGAUCGAACGGGGCCUGCAGAAACAGAGUUUGCAGGCCUUGCCUGUCACCAUCCCCAGCUUGCACUAG